AUGUCUGCUAUCCCUACCUCAACCAUCAAUAGUUCUAGAUUUGUUCUCACUGGUUUUCCUGGCUUGGAGGUUGAAUAUCUCUGGCUCUCCAUCCCUUUCUCCUCCAUCUAUGCUAUGAUUUUCCUGGGAAACUGCAUGGUGCUCCAUGUGAUCCAAACUGAGUCAAGCCUACACCAGCCCAUGUUCUACUUCCUGGCCAUGCUGGCUUUCACAGACCUGUGCAUGGGACUGUCCACCAUAUAUACUGUGCUGGGAAUCUUGUGGGGAUUUAUUCAAGACAUCAGCCUGGAUUCCUGCAUUGCCCAAUCCUAUUUCAUCCAUGGUCUGUCCUUCGUGGAGUCCUCUGUCCUCCUCUCUAUGGCUUUUGACCGUUACAUUGCCAUUUGCAACCCACUACACUACUCCUCCAUCCUAACUAGUGACAAAAUCAUGAAAAUUGGAGUGACCGUCUUAUGUAGGAGUUCUUUACUCAUACCUCCAGUCAUCAUUCACCUAAAGUUCUUAAAUUAUUGUCGUCCCCACGUCCUUUCUCACUCUUUCUGUCUGCAUCAAGACUUAAUUCGAAUGGCCUGUUCAGACAUCCGCUUCAAUAGCAUCUAUGGUCUGGCCCUGGUGAUCAGCAACCUGUUGUUGGAUGCAGUCCUCAUACUUAUCUCCUAUAUCAUGAUCUUGCAUUCAGUCUUAGCUAUUGCAUCACGAGAGGAGAGAAUCAAGUCCUUGCAGACCUGUGUUUCUCACAUCUGUGCUGUUUUGGUUUUCUACAUUCCGAUCAUUGGUCUGACCAUGGUGCAUCGCUUUGGAAGACAUCUCUCACCAUUGGUUCAUGUCCUCAUGGGCAACAUCUAUAUCCUUUUUCCACCAUUGAUGAACCCCAUUAUUUAUAGUAUCAAGACUCAGCAAAUACGAAAGAGAAUCCAGAGAUUGUUCUACGUGAAAGGAGUGUAA